AUGGUGUUGUACAAGAGAAAACAAGUGCAUUUUGUUCGACCCCCGCCCGUUCCCUCAGACUUGGACACGGAGAUCUUCGUCAUUCCGCAGACGAAGGAGUGGUUUCUCGAGUACGACGACUACCUUAAACGACUCGACUAUUAUCACCGGCGCAAAUUUGUCUGUGAAAUUACAGGAAACUCAUGUCUUACCUUCUUUGAGGCGUACGAGUCUGAAAAUAAGGAGAUCAAGGACGUCGAGCGCAACUUCCCAGAGGCGCUCAGAGAGCACAUCCUCAGAUUCCUCCAGUUCAAUAGGAUCUCGAGGCUAGAUCAGCUUGUGGAUAAGGUGUACCUGGUGUUCAAAAAUGAAUACUUCCCAGGUGAAGAGGUGUUUGUGAAACUGGUGGCUGACAAACCUGCGGAUGUUCGUGCCACAGAGUCCAACGAUGCUGCUGCUCCGGUGGUUAGUGCCAGGAAACAAAGAGGCACCAUCAGGGAAAAAGUACAAUACGCUAAUCCUUCAGAUACAAAGUAUCUCGUAUCACUUUUAUCCGAUGGGUCUCAGGUAAUAGCCACGAACAAUCAGAUCACUCGUGAUAGAAACCACUUCACAAAGUGGUUGAUAAAGACAUUCGUCAAGCUUUCUGUGACGAGGUCUCACAAAGUUGGUGCUCCUUGGGUCGUGAAGCUAAAGUACGCAAAGAAGUACAGAAUUCCUCUGGAGUAUCCGGAAGACUUGAAGUCGUUUGCCUCUACCACCCCGAGUGGUGAGAUCCUUUACGAAGAGGAGCCUGUCUCUAGAACAAAGUCCCCUACGCCACAGCAGAACUCUGAGUCCGCCCUAAAAAUCAAAAAGCAGAAAUUACCCAAGACAAAGUCCCUAAAGAAGAAGGCUACAAUCAAUGCCGCCAAGGCUAUGGAUCACAUUGAGAUCAUCACGGUCGAAGAGAUCAAAGAGCCCAAACAAGCCGCCAAAGAUGGUCCAAGAAAGCGCUUCGCUCCAUAUCACAUUCCCGUUCUCGUCCGUAAAGAGCUCGAUGAACACGAACAGCUAUCCUUGUCUUCUAUCCAGCCAUCUAAGAAAACCAUGGUCAACGAUCUACAACUCAAUUUUGACAUACAAACACCAUGGCCUAUUCCCUCGGAGCUUCACAUCACACCAAAUGCAGAAGAGCUUCAGGAGAGUAUAAAACUGCAAAUCGAAGAAGAGAUCGAAGAAGAGGAGAAGGAAUUAGGUGAACAGAAGGGCAAAGAAGAUAAGUCACCAGAACAGCUUCUCGCUCAUAGGAAAGUUGAAGAAUUGAAGAGUGAGCUCUCGCUGAUGUCUCAUUCAACGCUUAAAUGCGCCCAAGAAGCUCUUGAAAGUUGGGCUUUUCUCAAUAUGUAUCACCUGGUUUUUAACCUUGAUACAUUUACCUUCGAUGAUUUCCUCUGUGCUAUGAGUUGGAAUCGUGGACAAUAUGAGGAAUUGGGCCGCUGCGAACUCCUAGAUGAAAUAUGGUGUGCUGUGCUAAGCGGACUUCUUUCCAAUCAAAUACCAACAGGCAAAGAUGCCAAGAAGGAUGAAUCUGACUAUGAAAAUCUUUUUGGACUUCAGAUUACUCUUCCUCCCAAGGAUUCACUUCUUCAACCAAAGCCAGAGAAAGGCGAGACUAACUACUCGGAUGACGACGAAGCAAGAGGGUCGGAUAGCGAAGAGGAGGCCAAACCCCUCAAAAGUGAAGAUGACGUUUCAGAUGAUGACUCAGGUCCUGUGUCACCUAAAAAGGGUGUCUCAAGGAGUAACGGUUACUUGAAGAAGGGCGCCGCGAAGGAUGGCAAUGCUGAUGGCAAAGGAAACGAAAGUGACGACGAAAGAGAUGAUAAUGAUAACGAAACAGGUGAAGAAAGUGAGGCAAAUGAUGAUACAGACCAUUUGGCGUAUCAAGUCAUGAACUAUAGAGGUUCCAAAUGGUAUGACAGACUCCGGAAGCGCAACUUCAAGGACGGUAAUUGGCAAAUAAUACUUCUAGGUGUCUUGUCGAUGGUUGAGUACGUACCUGCUUAUUCGUCGACCAUCCAAGCAGUGUACAAAUCACUUGCUCCGAAACUGAUACAGCCUGCAAAUCCUACGAGCGUAUUGACUCAAUUCUACUCCUCUAUGAGUGUCGACUUGAGAAUCAAGACGCUUCACAUUUUGACUUCUCUUUUGAUCAACGGCACGCUAGUCAGAAGUUACAUUGAUGAAUGUCUUGAGCAAUCCACUGCCUUGAGACGUGCAAGACUCGACGUAAUUCGUGACUAUCGUGAUGCAUUGUCGGUAGCUACUAAAGCGCACUCGACAAUAUUCGAAAAGUUGUUCGAGGCGUAUGACAACAAUGCAGACGUCAGUCUUUGGGCUAAUUUCAACAGGAAGAAACCACGCUUCCAUACGAAGGGGUACUCAAGAACGGAGUAUGAACAAUCACUCUACGACUCUGAUCCAAGCUUUCAAGAGCUCUGGAAGCAGCGUGAUGAAUACAUUGAGAAGAUCAAAGUCGUGAAGGAGGAGCUUAGGAAGUUGGAAACACGACUUAGUGAAAUAGAUUGCCAGCGAGUUCGCCUCUUGGGUAAAGACAGACACUUCAAUAGGUAUUGGUGGUUCGAGAAUAACGGCUUGCCUAACCUCCAUUUCUCAAGUGGCAUGGACGAUGAUGAAGACGCUGAUCAGACAGACGCCGAUGAGUAUGAGGUUGACGAUAAAGAGGAUGUCCAGGAGGAAACUUAUCUCAUGGGCAGAUUGUGGGUUCAGGGUCCGAGCGUUGCAGACAUAAGCCGCAAUCUUCUAUCGUCAACAGAUGAGAUGAAUUCACUUGAGUUUAAUCAUACAAAGAGUUCGAUUAAGAAAGAGGACGAAGAUUCCGUGAACGGCUCUUCAAGUAUCGAGCUACAUAAUUUUCAAGAUGGAGGACCUCCCUUAAAGGUAAUGAAUUUUGACAACAUUCCAAAAUCAUACAAGGAUACGUCAUCUGCAUUUGGCAUUACAUUCGAGCGUGAUGAGAUAAAGGUAAACGGCGCUUGCUUUAUCGAUCGUUUGGGUGCAAUUCCUGAAACUCAAAAUGUGAGUGAUCUAACGCCCAUGCAGAGAAAACUUAUCGAGGAGGCGCCAGCUCCUCUCACUACUGGCGAUGAUUGGAGAUUUUACGAUGAUGCUUCGAGCAUCGAAAAGCUAAUUGGCUGGCUUAAUCCUUGGGGUGUGAGGGAAUCAAACUUAAAGAAAGAGCUUAUUCGCGUGAAGGAUGCUCUUUUGACCAGCAUUGCUGCCCGUCGGAAAGCCUUGUGGCUAGAUGAAAUUCCCAAAGGUGAAGAUGAUAAAAUCGAUGAGCAAGUGGAGGCCGUUGAAAAAAAGAUUGUGCAGUUAAAAUCAACCAACGUCAGCGACAAGUCGGAAGAGGAGACCGAGAGCAUUACUGGAUCAAGGAAGCGUGCUAAUAGACUGCCAUCAGGACGGCCCAACAAAAAACAAAAGACUAUUGAAGAGACACUUGAGUCUGGCAGUCUUGAGGAGCUAACUGAAUUACAGACAGAGCUUAUCAACGACAAGGAGAAAAAGCGCAUCGACAACCAAGUCACCAGAGUUCUCGAGUGGGUAAACUCCAAAGCCCAGGACGCAUUUGACAAGACGUUGUACGAGGGAGGCGAAAAAGCUAAACCCAAGCCUAGAAAAUCUCGAAAGUGA